CGUUUGCUGUUAUCAAAUAUCGGUCUUUACAUGGGUAAUUUGUUGUAUCGUACAAAAGAAAUGAGUGGGGCCUUUGGAUGUGAGACACAGCGCGCCGUUUUACAAUUAAUUUGUCGCUUUGUCCGGUAUAAAGGUACGAAACGAAUUGGACGACAACUAGCAGGAAGCAAUGGCGUAGGUGUUUUAUUGGAUUGCUUCCUGAAAGGUCAAUGCGAAAGUUAUAUUGUGGAAAUGUGUAAUGCCUCAUUUGAACUUCGCGAACAGUUCGAAACACCGGGUUGCAUAACGAAAAUUGUUGAGACACAUCCACGUCCUGAAUAUAUGCUGAAGAUGCUUUUGUGCUUUGCACAGGAUGCCUGGGGACGAGCAGCACUUCGUGGACAUGGUGCUCUGGAUAUUCUUGUUGAUGGACUCGAAAAAGCUGAUUCUGUGCAGCAGGAACUGAUUGUCAACACACUUCGACACUUUGUUCAUGAUGGAAGUGGACUAAGCUAUUUGACAUUUUCUACCAAAUUUCUGGAUAUUGUUGUGGACCACAUCAAUCUUUAUUUGAAUAGAAGUAAACGUACUUGUAGUAUGAUGCGAGAUCGAGCGGUUGGCAAGUGUACACUUCACAAAUUAGGUCGUAAAACAGAAUGCGUAUGUUGUAAAAUGUUGUUGGUGCCGUAUAAUUCAACGAAUUUGGAUGUGCUUACCCACUUUGUGGACUCCGAUGCAUCCUUAUCCAGAAGAUUAGUCGAAUUUUCCUGGAGUCCAUCGCAAUCACCACCACCUGGAAUGUGCUCACCGCAUAUGUCACCAAAAAGAAUAUCACUUUCACCGACAUCGCUGAUGGAUGAAUACAUUGAAUGCAUGGAACACCCGACAUCAACAAAUAAUAAUGACAGUUAUUUGAUUCGUUCUUCACAUGUAUCUUACAAGAAUACGGAGCUCGUUGUUGGUGAACUGUACAUUUUGGCUUGGUUAUCACAUAGCGAGUCAAAUAUGAGGCGACUGAUUACAUCAAAAGUUGUCAGCACUUUGUUGCAUUACAUCUCUGAGGCACCAUCGAUGGUUUCCAAAGCACCGCGUACAAUACGACGAAUUUUUCGACAUCGUUUAGCAGUCGAAAAUUUGUCUCGUUUGGAGUUGCAUACCCUUGUUGUGCAUAUUCUAUUGACACGGAAAUGCGAAGUCGAAAAACCAAUUUCAAAGUGUUCAGAAUGUGCAAUAAGAAAUGAUUUUGGUAAUGCAUUGUUGGAAGAAUUUUCAUCUCAUAUCGAUGCACCCUUCGGAUUAGAAGUACUCAAAAAUGUGUACAAAUCAAACAAUGAAAUUGAACAAAUGAAGGCUUGUAUUGCAACAUUGCACCUCGUUAGAAGAGUCGAUAACUGGAAACGCAUGCUUGUAACUUAUAAACCGGUUGAGCGUCUCUUGGCAAAAUUACGUGAAAUAUUGGUUGAUAGCAAUUAUGAAGAAAAUUGGCAAAUAACAACGUAUUGUGAUGGGCCAACAUUAGUUCGUCAAAUUUUGGUUGCGUUAUCAUUUUUGGUUCCAUCAGAUGUCCUGUUGAAUUCGUUGCACGCUAUCUGGAAUGAUAUCACCAUUUACAUCAAUAAUGAUAUGCCGCUUAGUAGAUGUAUUGUAAAGGAAGCAACGUUACUGUCAAGAAAGGCCGUGCCGACUUCAUCCAGUUUACCAGAAUUUAUCAAAUUCAAAUAUGGUAAUAUAACAGAAGUUGUUCCGAAAAAACGUUUGUGUGAAGGGAGUGAAUAUUUCCGGGGUAUGUUUGGUGGUGGAUUUUCGGAGCAAUUCCAAGACACAUUUGAAUUUGACGAAGAGGAAGAACAAUGUUCUUCUCACUUGUUCUCCACUUUCUUACAUUAUUUAAGUGGCUGUGGCAAGUCAUGCGUCAAAAUAAGUGAAAGUGAUAUACCGGCUCUGCUAAAGCUGUCAGAUCGUUAUCUCUGUAUGGGAAUAAGCUCCAAGUUAUUAGCCCACGAAAGUCCGCUCAGAAAUUUAAUCAACGGUGAAACAUUGCCGAAUUAUCUGGAAGUUAUGCUCUCCACCGGAAGCGAUAUGUGUAACGUAUUAAGGGAUGCUUGUAUAAGCUGCCUGCUCAGAGGUUGUACAGAGGAACAAAUGUUUACAGCGUUAAAAAUAGUGGCCGGUAAUCCUGUUGCAGUGGACGCCUUAAUGGAAAUAUUGCAGACAUUUUUGCUGACGUACUGUCGACGGAGAAAAAUGAAAUAUGAAGAGGCAAAAGCAAUUUAA